GCGAAGCACAUUGUUAUCCCGUUCGUGACCCGGAGGGAAGGGGGAGUGCGGGAGCAGAACGGAGCUUGACGGCUAGGCUGCUGCUGUAGUUGUGCUUGACAAUGGCAUACUACAACAAGGCGCCGAUCAUGGGGGGUGAAGAGAAGGGAAAGUGGGCCGGAGUGGGAGAGUUCCCCCCCAUGCGCAUGAGUGAGAAGCCUCGCACAACGAAGCCGAUUGGAGGUCGCUUCUUACGGUAUCUUCCCCGAUGGGUUGUUCAAUGGAUCGUCGACCGGUCUAUGGCCGGAAGGCCGGGGUUGAAGUCUGCCGCUGGUUCCAAGCGACCCGGCUUCCAGAAGGUGACUCUGGGCAUCUGCUUCGUCUUCGCCAUGCUGUUCGUUAUGAGUUAUUCGACGUCCCCUGCCGUGAACGCCUUUCUCGAAUUGCUGACUGCUCCGCUGACGCAAGUGGCGGGAAUUUUCGCGACAGCUACGGAAGCAUUCCGUUCGUUCAGGGCAACCUACGUGGCGCCGGUAAUGCAAUCGGUUAUCAACGUGCUGAUCAUCGUGUUCGCCGUGCAGUCACUGGACACGCUGGGGAUGACGCUCAUCUCGUUUUACCUUUCGUUCACSGGUUGGAGACCUCCGGUGGUYGCUCCUAUGAAGCAACCGCGCUCUUCGGAUCCGGAAAACCCGACGAGCAAGACGGAGACAAYUUACCCGCGUGUGAUGAUCCAGAUCCCGAUGUUCAACGAGCGGGAGUGCUACAAGAUAUCGAUCGGAGCGUGCUCGCAGCUCGAUUGGCCGCGUGACAAACUCGUCAUCCAGGUGCUGGACGACUCGAAUAACGAAGAGAUCAAGGAGAUGGUGAAGGAGGAGGUGAGCAGAUGGCAGAGCCAGGGCGUUAACAUYGACUACCGCCACAGAGUCGAUCGGACGGGGUACAAGGGCGGGUCUUUGAAGGAAGGCAUGAAGGCGCCGUACGUGAAGGAGUGCGACUUUGUGGCUGUGUUUGACGCCGAUUUCCAGCCAMGACCUGAYUGGCUGYUGAGGACGGUGCCRUAUUUCAAGGACGAUCCGAAGCUCGCUCUCGUUCAGACGCGCUGGGAGUACAGCAACCAAUUCUGCAAYCUGCUGACGCGCUUCCAGUUCAUCAACAUGUCUUAUCACUUCCAGGUGGAGCAGCAGGUCAUGGGAGCCACGAUGGGCUUUUUCGGUUUCAACGGAACUGGCGGCAUCUGGAGAAUCGCAGCCGUKAACGAGUGCGGAGGAUGGGAUGUGAGGACKACCGUCGAAGAUAUGGACAUCGCUGUCAGAGCGCACAUCCACGGUUGGAAGUUCGUCUUCCUGAACGACGUGCGCGUGCCUUGCGAGCUGCCUCAGACUCUGGAAGCGUACACGCGCCAGCAGCACAGAUGGCACGCUGGGCCGAUGAACCUGUUCCGGCUGCUGUUCAAGAGAAUCUUGACGUCGAAGGCGUUGACGCUGGCGAGCAAGUUCAAUCUGAUCGUUCUCUUCUUCUUCGUCAGGCGUCUCCUCGUGCCCACGGUGAAUUUCAUGCUUUUCGUUCUCCUCCUCCCGCUCUCCCUAUUCGUCCCCGAAGCUAACAUCCCGAUCUGGGUCACGUACACGUUCCCCAUGUUCUUGUCCUUCUUCAGGAUGCUCCUGUGCCCGGCGCUGUUUCCGUACAUGUUCCCGUACCUCUUCUUCGAGAACACUAUGGUCAUGACGAAACUGAGCGCGAACGUCCAGGGCCUGUUCCAGUUCGGCCGAGUGAACGAGUGGAUCGUCACGCAGAAGGUCGGAGCGUUGGCCAAGCCCGGAGAGGCAGUCGCGGCCAAGAAGAAGAAGUCUAUCAAGAUCUUCAAGCGAGAGCUGGCCAUGUCCAUAUUCCUUUUGCUAGCGGCGAUCCAGAGUCUGGCGAUCGAGAAGGGCAUCCACUUCUACAUCUUCUUGUUCCAAGGGCUGACCUUUUUCGCUUUCGGAUUCGAUCUGCUCAGCGACCACAGCUAAUCAAGAUGGGACCUUUGGGAUUCAUUUCGCGCAAUAAUCAAUUUGUUUCCUAUCUUGGCGUUCUGGGCAUGCUCAACAACUUUGCAUCGUGCUGGUGCAUUGUUUAACUAGCUGGAUAAUCGAGAACUAGUGUUGCUCAGCGAAUGUAGUAUUCACGUUCGACCUGCGCACUACAGUGAUCGGUCGAUCAGGCACGAUUGCUUGUUCUUUAUUCCUUUGUCUUUUGUCUUUUCUUGUCUUUCUUGUCUGGCGAAUUGUUUCUCAGUUGACUUGAGAAACUCCCUUCUCCUCAUGAUGAUGAUGAUGAUGAUGAUGAUGACGAUGACGAUGACGAUGGUGCUGGUGGUGUUUGAGAUGAUGGUGAUAAUGUUGAAUUGGAGUGCGCGAAUGCUGGAAACAUCAUGAGACUUGGGCUGUGCGGAACGAUUAUCGCCUGCUUGUCAGUUUUAAUGUUUUUGGAGGAGAGCGGAGGGGUAAUUCAUCAUUCAUUAAUGCUUACACCUAGAUCUGAGGUCGGGCAAUUGAUCAGGAGUGAGGGACUUGAGCAGUAAUCGCUUCUACUUUUGAGCGCAGAGAGCCUGAUGGUUGGCGGAGGAUGCUCUCUAUCCUUACAUCAGAGGUCGGGUAGUCGAUCAAGAUUGCAGGGGGCCUGUGAUGGGCUCCUUCCUUGCGGCUCGUCCUCGUUCCAGGUAUUGAGACACGGCGGCCUGGUGGUUGACCGAGGUCGCGUAAAUGACGGCAUCUAGUGAUUAACCUUUGCGGUUGGUACCGUUCAUAUCGAGGAGGUGCGAAACGGACUUGAAUAUAUACAUAUAUGUUUUAUUUCGCAAGCCUUUUCUUCUCUCUGGUAAGAUCGGACAAUCAACGGCAGUUAACCUCGGUUGGGAGCGAUCAUUCAGGUGGUGGUGACGAAUGCAUAACCUUCGGCUAAGGUCGUAAUGAUUGGUGGCACGAGUGGCGAUUAACCAAGAUAACCGAGAUGAUAUAGAUCGCUCGUGGGAGAGCAAUACGAAUCAUCCUGACGCUUGAUCGAGCGAUCGAACUAAUUAACGGCUGACUGGAAGAUCGAUUGCUAAUGCGGACGCACCGAUCGAACUAAUUAGCGAUCGAUUGCGAGAUCGAUUCCUAAUGCGGAGGCGCCGAUCGAACGUACUAGCGGUCGAGCGGAAGAUGAAUUCCUGAUGCGGAGGCACUCGUUGACGGGGGAAGUGCUUGGACGUUAAUUUGAAUGUUUGUGAUGAAAUGCGGAGCUGCUUGAGAUAAGAGGUAUGAUUGGGCGAAGGAUCGCUAAUUUGGAUGAGCACUACGUGUUCCACUUUGGAAGUGUGCUAGGACGUUGAACUUUGUCAAGAAAUGCAAUGCUGCUUGAACUAGGGGAGGAGGUUGAAUGCGGCCCUGUCUCAUGAGUGAUUGAUUGAUUGGUCGACGCUUUUCGCUAUCUAGGGUUGGAACGGGUUCACUUCGCAGUUGGUUAUAUUGGCUGUGUGAACCAAAGAACCUGUACAUCAACUGGAAGUUAAGCUGGAGAGGGGUCUUCACGUCAGACAUUGGUUUCCCACUCGCUCCAUUGCCCCCUCUUGCGCAUCGAGAGGGUUGUAGAGUAGGGAACGGUAAGGCGGGGGGCUCCUGUCGACUUUGACCGAUUUCUAUAUUGUUGUUUAGUUGAGAGAGAUGAUGCUUUUCUUUCGGAUUCGUCCAAUCCCUAUCCUUGUGCGUUUUACUAAUCGAGUGUCUGAGCGGCUGAGUCUGUGGGUGGGUGGGUGGGUGUUGUUCUUCUUGGCGGCAAGGACAGGUCAAACCGUUGACGAUCAGGAAGGAAGAUUUGUACUGAUGAUUGCAUUGAGAUGAAUGCAGCGGACGAGCCUAUGACAAUAUCUUGCACCUGGAGUUGAAUGAACAACGACGAAGUGACACGUCUAGAGGGAGUUGCGAUACAUCUGGAAGUCAAAACUGUCGUGAGGAGAAACUCUGUUUGGGAGAAUUAGUUUGUGUACUUUCAGCGGUCUUAAUGGAUGCGAUCCACUCGAGAGUGACACGUUGACACGUCGCAAGCUCAGAAAAGAGAAUCAACAACUAUGGUUGAAGCAAUCCCUCGUUAUCGUGUCUGCUAGAUUUGAUUAGUCCACUUUCGGUAGCUUCGAGAGAGAGUGCAGAGAGACAGCAGAGCAUUCGUUUGCACACUGUUUCUCGUCGUUCACAGAGUAAGAAACAAGGAUACGUUACGGUUUUGAGCUCCUCGCCGCUUAACGCACUCUUUGCGAUAUGUACGUCGUGGCUCAAGGUGAAAUUUUGUCCAUUCGUUCGCAUUCCCGUCCGCACCACUGUCAUCUCUUUGGCUCGUUUCUUUCUUCAUCUGUACGGCGCGCAGUGUUUAGUGUUGUAGUGUGUAUUUCAAUCACUCUCUGGUGACGGCAAUAGCCUGGUUCGUCGCAGGCAACAGCGAGGAAGCGACACACUGACUUUGUUUUACACACUGUGUCCUUAAUUUUUUGGGCAGUGUUGCUCGCUGGGUGCCCCAUUGGAUGGGGUGUGGGAGUGAACCUUGGAGCGUAGUUCUGAUCAGCGAUUGUGCUGCUUGUGGAUAAGUAUCUAUUUUCGCAAUCAAUAAUAAAGUUUUCUCACCGUU